AUGUAUUUAAAAACCAAUCCGAGUAUAGAAGUAAAGCAUAAGAAAUGCAGAUCUAGAGAGCGAACAGUUUGCCAGUUUAAUAACCUGCGAAAACCCCAUUUGACUGUUGCGCUGCACGUCGACUUUCUUCUCAGAAUACAGGUGUGUUCCCCAGGUCACUGCCGCGCUCGAGCGGCGGGAGCCCGGGGAGGUAGGCGCGGCCGCCGCCUCCAUGUUGCGGUCGGAGGAGACUCGGGACAAAGCCCGGGUCUCCAGGAAAGGUGUGCCCGCCUCAGGGCUCCCUGCACCCGCAGAUCGCAGAUCCAGAAACGCGCUGGGGCCUGUGUGCGACCGCAAGAGAAACGGAACGGCAGCCCGGUUCCCACCGGCCGCCCGGCCCCAGCGGAGCCGCAGGGUCCCCGCUCGCGGCCGCCUGCCCGGCCCUCUCCCACCUCGGGGCACAAAGAGGGAUCGCCGGGCGGGCCAGCCCUCCCCCGGCGAAAGCGGGCAGGUCGAGGCGCGGGCCCUGUGCCCGGCGCCGCCCCGGCCCGCCCGGGGCUCCGUGCCGCAGGCUCCCCGCACUUACCAGGAAAAGCAGCAGCGCGCCCUCCGCGCCCCGCGCCAUCGCGCCUCCGCCGCCAGCUCCCCGCGUCCCCGCGCGCGCGCGCCGGCUCCUCCCCGGCGCCCCCGCCCCAAGGGUCCUCUCCCGGCGGCGGCCGCUCGGCCCUGCCCAGAGGGGCGGCUCCAGGUGUGGCCUCCGCUAGAAAAUGGAGCCCUGAGCCGGACCGAGCGGCUCGGGCCGAGGUGGGAAUGGCGCGGAGGAGGGAGGCGCCCGGGGGACGCCCGCCCCGCGCCGCACGCGCACCUGGAGCCGUGACGCCCCGGGCUGGGAACUCCGAGACCCGCCCCGCCCCGCCGCCUCCCCUCCCCGACCCCCUCUCCGCCGAGGGCGGCCGGCUCCCUGCGCCCGGUGCCGCCGUGACGAGGUGCGCUGGGUGGCCGCGCGCGGGGCCCAGGUGGCGCCGAGGAGAAGGACGAGCGACGCGCGGACCCGUGUCCUCCCCGCGUCCUCCGCGCGGCCUGCUGUCCGGGGCCAGCUCUCCGGGAGCGAAGGUUCUGGAGCCGGAUUCCGGUGGUGGUCUCCGUGAAGGCUUCUCACCUCCUUCCCACGGCCCCUUCCCACAGGUUUGCCGCUUGUCUGACUCAGGGAGAAACAGUUAUUAGAAGAAUCACAAAGGAUCCCAAGGAAUGGUUGUUGUUGUUUUUUUUGGGGGGGGGGACCCCUUGUUAACUAACCUCGACUGGGAGAAAAGUCUAGAAAGGUUAAGGGAAAGUCACACUCUUCGCUGUAUUUACAAAAUCACAUAGCGUCACUAGGAGUCAGAAUCCUCUAACCCAUAGUUAUUUAGCUGUGUGACCUGGACGACCUUUCUGUGCCUCAGUUUCCCGAUCUGUCAAAUGGAAUAGAUACCACACACCCCACAGAGGGGGCUUCCCUCAUAGCUUAGUCGGUAAAGAAUCUGCCUGCAAUGCAGGAGCCCCGGGUUUGAUCCCUGGGUCGAGAAGAGAAGGA